UUCUUCGUCCGAGGGUUCCUCAACAGAGCGAGAGAGAGAGAGAGAGGGAAGCAAAAAUCAGACCGAAAAUAUGCAGAGUUUGAGGCGAUUGAUUCCCGAAGCUUCUUCGGGCCGAGCAGCUUCAUUUCUCGGUGCUCAGCUAUCGAGGCACGAAGAGAAGCUCGAUGUGCUUCCUUCACAGCAUUUAGCUCAAAGGUCGUCCAUUCGCUUCCUCGACUUUUACCAGCUGGGAAACAAAGCGGCAAUUGAGAAAGAGCGUGCUCGGCUUGCAGAUGAGAUGAACAGGGGAUACUUUGCCGAUCUUUCAGAGCUCAAGCAACAUGGUGGUAAGAUCGCAACAGCAAAUAAAAUUGUAAUUCCUGCAAUAGCGGCUGUGAAGUUUCCUGACAGAGAAGUGACCUACUCUGAUGGUAAAACAUUGAAACUGCCCAUUGGUUCUAAUGGAGAUAUGGUUGCUGCUGACAAAGCAGCUAUCCCAAAAGCAACUUUGCUAUGUCUUUCAUUCCGAGCAAACUCCCAGGCAAUGAUUGAUUCUUGGAGUGGGCCUUUUCUUGAUGCUUACAGUAAUUCAAAAGAUGUUCAGCUAUAUCAGGUGUCAUUAAUAGACUCGUGGUUCCUGUGCCGGAGCCCUAUUAAGCAGCUGCUUCUUCGGAUAAUGAAGAAACCUAAAAAUGAAGGGAAGGGUGCACUUCAGAAGCAGAUUGUAUAUUCAUUUGGUGACCAUUAUUACUUCCGGAAGGAACUAAAAAUUCUUAACCUUCUUACCGGGUAUACUUUUCUGCUUGACAAAUUUGGUAGAAUAAGAUGGCAAGGCUUUGGAUUGGCAACACAGGAUGAGUUGUCAUCCCUUCUUUCUUGCACAUCUCUUCUUUUGGAAGAGAAAUGAGUGAUACUGGCUUGUGAAACGAGGGUGAGGAGAAUAAUAAGCCUGUUGACCCUGUAGUCUGGGAUUUCUAAUCUGCAAGGGCCUCUGUUUUGUUACUGUGAGACCUGUAAAAUAACUUAUGGAAUAGCAAUCAAUGUAGAAUAACUUUCAGCUCUGAAAAUUUACAGAAUUUUUAGGUUCUUUAAAUGAAAUGGUUCUUUAUUCUCA